AUGCCUCCCAAGUCUCUAUCCGAGAUGGCCAACGCCAUCUUGUUCAAAAACUUGAGUUCCAUCGCCAGCGUCGGCUAUCUUUCGUACGCUUCCGUCCGGCACCUCCUGGUCAAGAUUGAGGACGCGAGGCAGCUCCGCCUUAUUGAGCUCAACUGCCCGCAGCUGCAACGCGACACGGGCGAGCUGUGGCUCAAGCUCAUCGAAAAGGACUUUCCGCUCGAGUUCAAGGCCAACGCGUACAAGCCCAAGAACCCGGACCGCUGGUUCAAGGUCUGGGAAAAGUACAAGGCUGAGCGCGACCGCUCCCUCCAUAAGUCGGAGGAGCAGCUCCGCUCCGCCUUCAUGGGCCUCCGCGAGGACAAGGCCAAGAAGACGAGCACGAUUGUCGAGGGCCGCUUCCUGCCGUCGGACGCGGUGCGGCCCAAGAAGCGGAACAUGGGACCCAAGGACACGUCGACCAGCGUCCUCAGCUUUGGAGGCGGCAGCCGCACCAAGAUGCGUACAGGCGCCGACGUUAUGCGCAAGGCCCGCCGCGAGGCACGCGAGGUGCGCAACAUCCAGGGGACGCUGUCACGCUCCGUCGUCGCGCCCAUCAGGCUGCUCGAGAAGCAGCACCUCCCAACGGCGGCACCGGCCGCCAUGGUGCAUGAGCAGCGCAUCGCCGCGCAGCCUGCGUUUCGAACUCCAGAGGCUGAGCAGCGCGAGCAACGCCGCCAGGAGAUGGAGAGGAAACGCGCGGCCACGCUCGAGGAGCACGCCCAGAAGGCAUCGUACAUUACAGACUCGGAAGAUGACUCGGACGCGCCCACCCAACCCGUACGCAAACCAUCAUCAAAGCGGCCUGCUCCUGCGGCCGCGGCCAUCACUACAACCGCCAGCUCUUCAUCCGCUCCACCACCACCACCAACCAAGACGCUUGCCCCAGGCCGCAAGGUCCUCGGCUCCGGCUGCAGCAUGUUUCAACGCAAGUUUGGCCAGGGCAAGAGCAGCGCCAUGUCGUCACCCAAGCCUGUGCGCAUCAUAAGCGCCGCCGCGGCUUCGCCCCCGUCAGCCAAGAAGCGCUCCAGAAGCGAGGCCAACCUCGGCGACGAGCCGCAGCGGCCCGUCACUCCCUCUAAGCCGCCGGCUAUUCAGGUUGCCCUGUUGUCGCCCAACCAUUCCCUGCCCAAGGUGCCCAGUCCUGAAAUGGGCAAGAUCAUGUCACACGGGCAGUUACCCGAGCAGGCAAAGGUGCUACCUCGCAAGAAGAAGCCCGUCAAUGUCUUUAUGAAGCGUCCCGUCAGACGCACAUGA